GUAUAUAUAUAUAUAUAUAUAUAUCAUUCAUAAUUAAACACCGUUUCAGCUCAUUUAUUAUUACCACAAGUGUUUUUUCAAUACACAGUUAACUCUUUUGAAGGAUCCCUUUUCAUCAUUAAUUCUUCUGAAUUCAGGAGAACAAUUUACAGCAUAAUAAUAUUAAUAAUAAUAAUAAUACUAUUUCGAUCGAUUUAUUAGUCAAUAUGACGUUAUCUACUCCUGCUAAAGAUUUUUCUUGGCAAGAUACAAAUUUACCUUUAUUUGGGAGUGAUGAAGACAAAAAGGUUAAGAAGGAAUCUGCUUUGGCAGAAGAAGCUUGGCGACCAGUACUGAACUGCAACUGUCCAAGAUUGUAUGUGUGGAGGGUUGAGAAAUUUAAAGUGAGACCAGUCAAUGAAAAUGAUUAUGGUAAAAGUUUAGGCUAUGAUGUACACUUUUGGGUUGGAUCGAAAAGUACUCAGGAUGAAUAUGGAACAGCUGCCUAUAAAACAGUAGAAUUGGACGCCUUACUCGAUGAUCAAGCUGUUCAACACCGUGAAGUUGAACUUUAUGAGUCAAAAUUGUUUAAAUCAUACUUUUCAUCAUUUCGUAUACUCAACGGUGGGAUUGAUUCUGGUUUCACUCGUGUAACACCAAAUGAAUAUCAGCCAAGAUUGUUGCAUUUUCAUCAAGAAGGAAGGAAUAAACACUGUGAAAUUCAAGAAGUUGAACUAUCAAUCAACUCUUUAGACCCAACAGAUGUGUUUAUCUUGGAUCUUGGCACUAAACUUUACCAGUGGAAUGGUUCAAAAAGUAAUAAAGAGGAACGUUACAAUGCUGCUCAAUUCCUUCAAAAAAUCAAUAGUGAAAGAAAUGGCCGAUGUAAAACAGCUGUACUUGAUGAACUGUUUACAGAUGUUGGUGAUGAAUUCUUGCAAUAUCUACCAGAUAAACCAAUCUAUAGAUCUAAGAAAUAUUAUGAAUCAACCAAAUGUAUUUACAAAUUGUCUGAUGAACAAGGUCACUUAUCAUUUGAUUUGGUUGUGAAAAAUCAACUGCCUAAACGUGCAGUCAGUGAAGACGAUGUCUACUUUAUUGAUAGUGGGAAUGAAUUAUUCGUUUACAUUGGAAGUGCAUGUUCACCAUGUGAAAAACAGAAUGCUCUUUCUUAUGCACACGCAUACUUGAAGAUUACAAGACAUCCUUUCAUCCCAGUGACUGUUGUUGGCCCCAACCAAAGUUCAGAAGAACUCGAUCGAGCAUGGGAUAAAGAUAGAACAACAAGUUAUUACAAUAAUUAAAAUAUAUUGUCUAGGCCUAUUUGUCACCUGAAGUUAUAUGGUAUCAUUAACAUAUACUUUCAUAGACAAUACAAUAAAAUAUUUUAAUACAUUUUAUUGCUGAAUGUUUUUCUAUGGAAAUGAACCUGUAACAGUUUAAUUUUCUCCUGUUUUUAAAAUCUAAUUGGUUCAAGUUAGUACAAGUUUUGUUCUAGUGAUAAAAAAUAUGGCUAUUAAUAUGCCUACUUAUAUAAAUGUAAGUAGUUUGUUUAAUUAUACGAAUAAUUUUCGAUUGCAUCGUGAAUUUUACACCUUCCUAAGGUAAUUGUAUGCCUAAUUGAAGACUGUUUUAUUAUAUUCUGAAGAGUUUGAUUUUCCAGUAUCAUAUUCUUUUAGUACUAUGAAGAAAUUUUCAUUUCUAUGGUAACUACAAUCUAUUCACACUGUUUUUUUUAAUUAUGUACUCUCAGUUAAAUUAGAAUAAUAUUCCGAUUGGAGUUUAUCAUAAUGGUUUGCCUUUUUCUGAAUUAUUGCAAGGGCGAAUUUCUGAGGGGAUAAAAAAUUGACAUCUUUCAUAUUCAUAUCAAAAUUUAAAAUGCAUGCAAUAAAUUCCCCUUCAUUUUUUAUUACCGGUACGUAAAAAUCAGUUUCUGAAAAUAAAGCAAAAUACGGAUUCUGUAUAGAGUCAAAUUACAAGA